GCGACGCCUUGGCCGCGAUUCGUACAGCCUUGGGGCCAGUCAUCUCGUGCGUGCUCGGCAUUGCCACGUCAUUCAGCCACUAUCUGACGUGUCAAGCUGCCACAUGCAACGCUCAAGACCUGGUGGUUUGACUGUGCCUCCUCUGAAUGAAAUCCUCGUUUCUGGUGUAAGCU